AUGUCGAGUACUGCAUGUGCUCUAUCACCGCAUGAUCUUCGCUUGGAAGCAUUACAGAAUGGUUCGGAACAGCGUGUCGUAGUCAAUCAAAAAAUGCUCAUCGACAAAAUGCUUGCUCGCUAUUCAUCUGACUUUGCUGUUUUUCGCGAACUCAUUCAAAACUCUGAUGACGCUCAAGCAUCAUCAUUUCAUUUGGAAAUAACGUGUAAUGUACCCGUGGGUAUAUCAAAUAUUCAACAUUCGGUAGACAAACAACCAAACAUUCCCAUCGAUUUUCACAACAGUACAAUCACUGAAAUUCGCUCCGUUAAUAACGGGUUUGUGUUUAGUCAAACUGAUUGGAGGCGCGUAGCAUCUAUUGCCGAGGGCAAUACAAAUGUUGAUUCAGUUGGACAAUUUGGCGUGGGAUUUUUCUCUGUUUUUUCAUUUUCAAAAGAACCAAUAAUCACAUCAGGAAAUGAAUAUAUGAUAUUUAUUUGGCGAGAUGAUGAUUCAUUAACAACGUUUCGUCAUGAAUUACCUAUCGAACAACGAUCGAAGUUGACUUCUGUUAUUCUGAAAAUGCAAGCUAAAUAUGUCAUACAAAUUGAGACGAAUCAAAAUGAUGAGACAACAGAUGAACAUACAACUAUGAAUAGACGCAAUGUCACACCAAAUCAGAAAAUGACAAAGAAGGUAUCUAUAGAAGAAAAUGUUCCAUCAAUCGAUUUAACAAAACUUAAAAUCUAUUUCACCAAAGUGCUUUCAUUUACGAAAUACAUUAAAGAACUCGCUAUAAAAAUCAACGGCUUUACAGUAUUCCAAAUACACAAAACGACGACACCUAUGCCAUCUAUUCCAGACAUAAUUCCAUUCCAAAAGCAAGCUUCUGCUAACAACAUAUUACUUCUCAAUUCAUUGGUACAAACUGAACAAACGUUUACUAUUGACAAUAGUUCUACAAUAACUUUAAAUCACAUCACUGUCGAUGCAAAAGUUACUAUUGAUGAAGAAUUUCAUAAUCAUAUUCAAGCUAUAUUGAAAAAACGUUUACCAUCCAAUAUUCAAAUUCAAUUCUUAUUUGCUUCGAAUAGUCUUAUUGCCAAUCAACAAGUGCGUAUGUCAUCGACCAAUACUAACAUUCUCAACACCUUGAUUCCUUUGAAAUUUCCAAGUAAAAACAUCAUACCAUCAGGUCAUAUAUUUAUCGGUCUUGGUACACAUCAAACCACUGGCAUUGGAAUGCAUAUUUAUAGUCAUUUAAUUCCCACUAUCGAACGAGAAAAUAUUGAUUUACAAAACAUAUACAUUGCGAAAUGGAAUAAAGAAAUCCUCGUUUCAGCUGGACAAAUUGUUCGGUAUAUUUACGAUCAAGAUAUGCUUAUCAACUCGAAAGGAACUCAGGGAAAAGUCUAUGAAUAUUCAAUAGUUAUGGCACCGUAUUCAUUCCAACCAUCCGUACCAAAUAAUGUCAUUGGUCAAAUGAUUGUUGAUGGCUUUUUCGCUUCGGAUACAGAUAUUCUCGUACCUGUACAAAUGAAGCCAUCUGAGGAAGUGCUUUCUGUUCUACCAUCGACCAAAGCUUUUCUGUGUAAUUCAAAACAACUUUAUGGAUUUCUGGUACUUCCACUGAUUCCAUUUCAAUUAAAAACAAAUGGUCUCAUAACAACUCUUGUAAGUCGUCAUUUGAUCGAUUAUGUAGAUAAAUCCAUGAUCGAAAGAACGCUCAUGACGUCCGUUCUUUCUCCAUCACAAUUUACUCAAUUGUUGCACUGGCUAUUUGGCAAUGGUAUCAUAAACGAUGAAUAUACAAAACGUGUCUUGUCCAAUGUCUGUUUACAUGAUGCUAAUAAUCAUCCAUCAGGAAUUCCAUUGAAAAAUAUUGAGUAUUAUGAUGUCCUAAAUAUUCCAUCGUUAUUACCAACACCGUUGAAUAUUUUACCGAAGGAUAUAUCGACUAUUCUUUCUCAAGAACAACUUGAGCAACAACUUGGUCUAUUGCCUUUGAAGCUCAAAUAUAUACUCGACUUUUAUCUACAUAAUAAACAAUUACGACAAAUAACGUCGUCGGAAACAUUUCCUUGUUUACUCAGUCUCAUUUCAACACAUUCUAGCCAGUUGACUCAAGAUGAGUGGACUACAAUAAUAAAAACUUUGUCGAUGACUGUAUGUAUACCGACCACACAAGGUAUGAAAUUACCUCGUGAAGCAUUUGUUUUAUCAGCAUCGGUUUCACCUCAAUUACCUUGUAUCAUACUGAACAUACUGCGAUCGAACGAAAAUAAUAAAGAUAAGCAAUCGAACGAAAAUUUGGAAAAUCCUGUUUCCAUUCAGUUUUUGAAAAGAAUCGGUUGCCGUAUGGUAAAUUUGGAUGUAUUUGAUGAUGAUAAUGAUGAUCAUUCAUCAGCUUCAUUCGAUUCUGAAACUAUGAGAACGUUUAUUCAGACGUUAAUCAAAGAACGGAUGAAUAUGAGCCCAGCUGAUUUUGACGCAUUAAAAGAAAAACCAUCGCUGAAAGGUACGACGUUGAUACCGACAAAAGAAACAACGCGAAAAUACGUACCUCGAGAUCUUUACUUUCCAUCUGUAGCCAUUCAAUUGGAGUGGACGACAUUGCCGAUUAUUGAUUGGCCGAAUAUACAUCCAUCUUCACCUGAAUAUGCUUUCCUCAAAGAGAUCGGUGUGAGAGAAGUACCCACUCUACAUAAACUCGUCGAACGAAUCAUUGAAGAGCAUAAUACAGGGAAGCAAAAGCCAAGCACAGGCGAAAGAUAUAAAAUACCACAUGGGUUGAUAUUUUUCGCUGAAAAAUUUGAACGGCACUAUCAUAGUGAAUGGCAAACAAGUACAGUCAAAAGAUACAGUUUUCUACCAUCAAAUGUUCCAGGAAAAACUAGUGCGGAUGAUGUGAUACUGUUACCACCAAAUGAAGUGUUCCGAAGUGUUAAUCCGUUAUGUCCCAGUCUUUUACCGGAUGUGCUAAAUUUAUUCCAGAAGCACUCGAUUCACUUGUCUCUCGACAUCGACAAUCAUCCACCUCUUUCGAAAGCAUUUAAUAGUUUACUGGAAAAGAAGACAACUCUUUUAACCAAACAAACAGCAUCGACGAUAUUUGCAUAUUUGCAUCAACUCAAAGAAUUAGAUCAUCAGUUUAUUCAAAAAGUCGCUGAAUAUAAUUUCAUUCCACUACAAGAUCAAUCAAAUAGCAAUACUUUGAUGAAACCAUCGCAAGUUUUUAUCCAUUCAAAUAUUACGCCUGAGCAAACCGAUGCGGGCAGAAUCGCUGACAUGGAUACAAGUGGUCUUAUUGACUAUGUUGAUUUCGGUACCGAUGCUAAUGCAUUUCUUCUUAAUAUCGGUGUUGCGAGCCAUCCAAAACCUGCAAUUCUUGCCAAGCUUAUGAUUGACAGACAAGCGAACUAUUUUGCCGAUGCAGCAGGAAACCACGAUAUGUUGAAUAAAAAAGUUGAUGUGUAUAUCAGUUGCCUUAAAAUACUUGCACUGGCUGCUGCUUGCUCAAAAGAUCUUCAGCAAGAGCCAUUGUAUACCCGAUUGAGAACUAGUGCUUGGUGCCUUGGUUUUCGAAUGACCGAACGGGCAAAUGGUACCUCAAUACGAAUAUCUAAGAUUGUGAGACCAGAUGAAGUGUACCUUGAUGAUAAUCACAUCUAUUCAGAGAAAUUUCGACCAUUAUUGUCACCUUGUGAAGCAGAGUUGUCUAAACUAUACCAGCGCUUUGGCUCCAGAUGGUUAUCCGAAUGUGUGAAACAAACAAAAACAUCCAUAGGUAAACCAACUACUUCUGCACGAACUAAUAAAUUACAAGAUCUAAUUCAAUAUCGCUUCCCAAUGUUAUUUGUCAACGAUCGAGGAGAACGUCUGGAAAACUGUAUCGAAGAGCGUAUCAGACUGCUCCGCACAACGCUUUCAAUAUAUGAAGUCGAUGAUAUCAAGUGUGUGUUGACUUUCGAAAACCAAAGUAUUCUACUUGAUUCGAACAGCGCGAGUCCAUGUGUACUGAAACAUACUGAAGACAAAGUGACAUUGAACCUUCGAAAGGAUACUGGCCCAAUCGAUUAUUAUUUUAUUGCAGUCGAGUUUGAUGCAUUUUGUUUUACAAAACAUGGUAAUCACGUGCAUGACAUAUGUGAUAAACUUGGAUUACCCCUUGAAAUAUUAAAACGAAGAGGUACUCCUGUUGAUCGUUUGCUUAAAAACACACAGACGAAUGGUGAGUUAAGUAAAGCACAGAACUUCUUCAAACGAAAUAAAACUUUAGAGCCGUUUUCAAUCAAUGAAAUGGCACAGCAGCAACAACAAGAGGACCAACAACAGCAGCAACAACAUAUUCAGCUGGACCAACAACAGCAACAACAACAUAUUCAGCUGGACCGACAACAGCAACAACAACAACAGAUUCAGCUGGAUCAACAACGACAACAACAAAAGGGGCAACAGCAACAAUCAAGUCAGAAACUGUCAUUUCUUCAAAAUCUACGAAAGUCAGUAUUUGUACGCGAGAUUGAGGGCCUUUCAUUAAAUCGGUGGCCAUCUGGUCGAAAAACGAAGAACAGCAGUGUUGUUCCUAUUCCUGAUGAACAUGAAUCAGAAAGUGACCCGGCAACGACGACGGAUCAAAAAGACCGUGAGGUUGCCAAUCAAAACCGCCAACUUUCCCCCAUCAUAGGUGUUGGAGGCGACUACACUAUUCAAACCUACUCAUCGCAUAAACACGUUCCUAUGCCAAAUUUUGAGUCUGUUCAAAAGGAAGGACAACAUAAUUUGAACAAUAUUUACCGAAUUCAAUCUUAUAAUCAUCCGAAACUUAUUCAAUUAGAACAUACAAAAACAGAGAUUUGCAUAGCAUGUGAACAAGUACCUCCAGCGAAUAUGACACGUUUCAGUAAGACCAUCCAUUCGAUUCCAUUGUAUGUUGAGCAAAAUGUGGUCAUCACAGAAACGAUGGUCGAUCAAGCACAUCAGUUGGCCUUUCUUCUUAUCAAUCUUGCCACUCGUGUUUUCAAGAUCUCCAAAAAAACAUUACAUCUUUUUCGGGAUGUUGAUAGUAGUAAAAUAGCGUUCAAUUACGAAGGAGCGCUUUUUUUCAAUCUUCGUUAUUUUGAACAAAUCUUCGCCAAUGAACUAAAACCUUAUCUUCGCACGCCUCCUUCAUCAAAUCCUAUAGUACACCAAGUCGUCAAUUUUUAUUUUAUAUGCACAUGUCACGAAUUGGCACACAAUAUUGCUCAUGGACAUGAUGAAUACUUUGUUAGCUACUUUGAAAAGAUUGCAGUUAAAUUCAUGACAGAAAAAGAUUUGUUUCUUGAACAAUUCUCGUUCGGAAACUACGACGAACGAAUGUAA